UGGUGGACUUGGAGUGAUAAAUAAGACUAAAACCCUUGGUAAGUGUUAGGGGUUAAAGAAGGUGAGCGAGGGCGAGGAAAGGCAGUUACAUACAUGAUCAUGAUGAGGGCGAAGAGUGUAUUAACAUCAUCUGCUAACACCCUUUUUCAGCUUCUCCGUUCUAAUUCUAAUUCUAAUUCUCAUCUGGCGACACUCAUGAGUAGGAGGAGGACUGGACUGACCUCCUUUUCUUCGUCUUCGUCUUCUUCUGCGCUCUCCCCUGACCAUCGCGUUCCUGCUACUGUCAUUACUGGUUUUCUUGGCUCUGGAAAGACUACUCUUCUCAAUCAUAUUCUCACAUCUCAACAUGGCAAGCGCAUUGCCGUCAUUGAAAAUGAGUUUGGUGAGGUGGAUAUUGACGGAUCCUUGGUUGCUAGUCAUUCUUCCUCAAACGAAGACAUUAUCAUGGUUAACAAUGGCUGCCUCUGCUGCACCGUGCGAGGAGAUCUGGUUAAAAUGCUCUUGGAGUUGGUCACCAAAAAGCGACACAAUUUUGAUCAUAUCGUAAUUGAAACCACAGGUCUUGCAAAGCCAGCUCCAGUUAUUGAAACAUUCUGCAUGGAUGAACUGGUUUCUCAGCAUGUGAAAUUGGAUGGAUGUGUGACUUUGGUUGAUUGCAAGCAUGCUAUGCGACACUUAAAUGAAGUGAAACCAAGAUUUGUGGUCAAUGAGGCAGUAGAGCAAGUUGCAUACGCCGAUCGUAUUAUUUUGAACAAGAUAGAUUUGGUUACUGAAACCGAGUUACAGAUACUGACCAAGAAAAUAAAGCACAUCAAUGGGAUGGCACAAAUUAAGCAAGCUACAUUUGGAGUUGUGGAUGUUGACUUUGUUCUAGGUGUUGGAGGAUAUGAUCUUGAGAGAAUUGAUUCUGCGGUGCAUGGAGAAUGUUCCUCUUCCGCAUGCCAUCAAAAUGAUUCUGGACAUGAUCACAAAGGGCAUCAUCAUGAUGAUCAUGUGCAUGAUUCUUCUGUCUCUAGCAUUAGUAUUGUUGCUGAGGGAACUCUUGAUCUUGAUGAGGUGGAUGAUUGGCUAGAGAGAUUGAUUGAAGAAAAAGGAGAGGACCUUUACAGAAUGAAGGGUGUGUUAUCAGUGGAUGGUUCUGAUCAGCGAUAUGUGUUUCAGGGGGUGCAUUCCAUGUUGGAUGGCUGCCCGGGACAAACAUGGGAACCAAAUGAGAAGAGGCUUAACAAGCUUGUAUUCAUCGGAAGAAACUUGGAUGAAACUGCCCUCAGAAAAGCCUUCAAAGGUUGUCUACUAUAGUCUAGUCUAUUUUGUGUGUAUGUUUUGUGUGUAUGUUGUGAUUUACGAUUUUUGAUAGACAAAUAUAUAUUGUAUCUUAUAUUUGAAUAUUUAGGUAAAAGCAAAAGUUAGAUAA